GCAGUUCGCGUUAUUAAAAAAAGAAAAUGGAGGAUAUAAACAUAACCUUAAACGAUAAAAUUUUAAAUUCAUAUAAAGGUAAAAAUGAAGAAUUUGAAAAAUUUCGCGAAUUAACUCAAAAAAAUAUAGAAACUGUUGAAUCAUCGAUAAAAGCAAUUCAAGAAAAAUGUUCUACUUACGAAACAACAAUAAAUAACAUAAAGGAACUCGCAAAACACCCCCGACAUAAAAGUUAUAUAAAAAUAUGUUCUUUAGCUUACAUCGAAGCAUUCGUAAAUCAUACUGGAGAAUACAACGUAACUUACAGCCCUGAUUAUCAAGCUACGUUAACAAAAGAUCAAACUAUUGAAUACCUAGAAGAACAAUUAACAGGUGAACGGGGUAAUUUAAACAUGUUUAUAGCGGAGAAGGAUCAAUUAGAACGUAGGCUUGGUUACGAUUUUUGUGAAUCUGAUGAUGUUCCCGAUGUCUCAGAGAUGCCAGAAAGUAUUUUAAGCGAUAAAGGAAUGGCAUUUAAAAGAGGAAAUUUCUUUGAAAUUGUCGAAGAAGAUGAUGAGCCAUAUUUAGGUAAAAGCAAAAGAAUUUCAAAGGUUAAAAAAGAGAAGCCAGAAAUAGAUUUUGAAGGAUUAAAAUUAGAUGAUAUUAAAGAUGUUAAUGAAAGAGCGGAGAUGUUUUUGAAUUUUAUUGAAAAAUAAACUGUUUAAGGUUAUCUUUGUAUAUAAAAAAAUUGAAAUAAAUUU